AAGAAAAGAAGAAAAAGGGAAAAAGAAAAAAGUACAAGACAGCCGUAUGCAGCAAAAAACAAAAUAUACAAAGUAACAUACCCUCCACAUCCAGAUACAAUAAGAGCUAGUGGUCCCACACCCCCACCACAGACCAAAGUAGAUCCGGAAAACCAGAUGGAUUUAGACCGUCAGCUAUAACAGUGUGUUAAAUGCCCACGUCCCCAACAGCAUGAACGUCUAGCCAGGGGGACCACACCGCAUCAAACUUCCCAGAGGAACCUCGAGCUUCGUAGACAGGAGGAAGAAGGCAGCACAGAAAUCAGCAGCAGAGUUUCAAUGUUACUUGUGUUCCUGUAACCGACACUCUGAAAGGAGGCCGCAGUUUCUUCUCUACCCAUGGACGAGGUUGUGCAGACAGAGAUCCUUGUUGUACUGCUGGAAAAACCAAGAGGUGUUCUUCUACAAGAGUUUGCUGGCCUAUUUUACCACGUCCAUGGAUACGAGUUUAAGUUGUCAAACUAUGGCUACACAUCCCUGAAGCAACUUCUUCAUGAUAUGAAAGACUUGGUUGACUUUAAAAAUACACCUGCAGGAUUAUUGGUAAAAUGUCGAUCACCCAGUCAGCAUGGUAAAGUCUUGGUUAUCAUGGGAAGCAAUGCACCCCAGGAACAUACACAGGGUAUACAUACUUCUAUAUCUUCAGGAACAACGGCAGAUGCCCAGUCGACAAGCAGGAAUGACAUUUCAACUCCAAAUACCUCACUGUCAGCUUUAAACAAAAGUUCCACACCACCUAUUAAGCAAAACCAUACUCAAAAUAACCACAGUAAAGCAACUCCAAGCCCUAAAAUCCAAAGUCCACCAUCAGCUGCCACUAGUACUAAUCCCCAGAAUGGAAAGAAUACAUUUCCACAACAGCUACCAGUUAACCCUGAUAUCUCAAAGAUGGCAAAGAACAUGGAUAAUUUUUCUGUGGUCCCCACAAAGAAAAUGCAAAAGAAAAACCACUCCACUCAGGUACCAAAUGUUAAAGCAAACCUUCAAACCACCAGCAGACAAGCAAAAUCAACUCCCCCAAAUCUGACUAAACAUAUUCCACCUCUUAAGGCCAAACGUGGAAGCACUAAGCAAAUCCCGAAUGCAGCAGGCAAGCCUCUACCUUACAGUGGUCAGAGACAAGAUAAAAAAACAUUCAAGGGUGCUUCAAAUUCAAUUUCCAUUAUUACAGAAAAACCCAAGCCUCCAAACCAAUUGAUAGCAAGAGUUGCUCCAUCAACACCAUUUUCCAGUUCAAUAAGUUAUGCAGCGAUUUGUGCGGGGAAUGCCCCAGGAACCUACCAAGCACAUCAAACUACACAGAGGGUCGUACAAAGCCCCAUAUUUAACCUGAACUAUCAAACACAAGCGGCUCGACCUGUGCAGGUGGCACAUUCCAGAUCCAGAGCAGAAUCUCGGAGCGUAGUGCCAGUUGCAACAGUAAAAGAGAACAUCAGCCACAUCUUGAAACUGCACCAUGAUGGAAUACCGAUCCUUAAGUUGCAGAAGGUUUACCUUUUUAAAUUCGGAAAAACUCUUUCCCCUUGUGGUUAUUCCACGCUCAGGCACUUCUUAGUAGGAAUGAGUGAUGUUGUUCAGAUUAAAGGUGUGGGUGUCCAAACACUGGUAUUUUCAGUGUCUUCUGAAAUCGUUUCAUCAGCGGCAAAAGAACAGCAUGAUUCUUACCUACUAUACAAGAAUAAGUCCUUGCAUCAUGAUAAAAUGCUGCCUGCUUCAAACACAAGUCCCAUAAGCUUACAUUGCCAAGAGGGAUAUAUUGCUGAAGAUCCUCAGAAUGUGGCUACUGAACAAACUGGUGCUCUUUCAGCCACGGAGAGGGAUCCCCAUUUAUUGUCAACUUCAACUGUCUCACACUUAACAAGAGAACAAGAACAUCCCAAAGAAGAGGACAAUCAUGAUAUUACAGAAAAAGAUGUGAUCAAUCAAGACCAGCAAAUUGUUAUAGAGCUCAGUGAUGAACACCUUCCAGAGGGAUCAUUGCAGACUGAGCUUCUCAGUAACAAUUCUCUACACAAUCCUUCAGUUGUUCAUCCCGCCAUGGAAAACCAGAAGUCUACAGAAGUAACUACAGAGAAAAACAUGCAAAUAAAAACAGAUUUUCCAUUUUCUGAAGAUCAGCAACUUAGACUUAUUCUACAUUCUUCAGGAUUUUCUGUGGUUAAGCAAGAAACUAACAAUAAGCAUGAGCUGCCCUAUGAAAGCUCUCUUCACAUUCAAAUUGGACAUGAAUCUCAACUGAACUCAGUCCAUGAUAGAGAAAAGGACACUGAUAGAAUGGAACGCCACACCUGUGUGCAAGACGUACUUCCAAAAUCUCAGUCACAAAAGAAAACUCUCAAUGCUCAUGAAAGCCUGAUGCCUGAGCAAAGGGAUCCACUAGCAUCAAACCUUCAGGAAAAUGUUUAUGACUUCCACAUGAACGCAAUCGCUAUGGAAAAACAAAUACCAUCUUCUCAAGAAAUAAACCAUAAUGCCGGCUAUUCAAAUGCUGGCAACACCGUGGAGCAGCCUUUUAGUUUCCCUAUUAAGAAAGAUCAGAAAGAGGACAGUGUGCCUGUCAAUGGAAAUGGAAAGCCAUCACUGUUAUCUCAAAUACACCAAACUCCAUGUUCCCAGUCUAUAAACAUAAAAGUGUGUGAUCCACAAAAUAUAAAAGCAAAUGGAGAUAAUAUUCCUCCAUCUUUACCUGCCAAUAUAGUUAAGAACCAUUGGUCAUCAGAAUCCCCAAAUUCAAAACACAUCAGACAUGCCAUGCAACAUUUAACAACCUCUAGGGAAGAAGAAUCUCCUACCUUACAGACAGAUCAAGUGGAGAAAAAUCAUAGUAUUAGUGAUACAAUGGGACAAACUGUAAAUGUAUGUUCAGAGACACACCAGCAAGUCAGCAAUGGAAAUGCUAUUGAGUCUGACAAUUUACAUAAAAAACAGGAAACGGGUAAUUCCAUUGUCAAAAAGAAGCCUAGAAGAAGAAGAUCUCGUUCAACAAGGGCUCGCCAAAAAGCAAAUGAAGUGCCAGCUGAUACUCCUGAAUCAUCAAGUUGUUCACCUCCUUAUAAUGAGUCUAAUGCCUGUAAAAAAGACAAACCUAAAUCAACUUCUGAUAAACACCAAAGUAGGUCUCCAUCUGUGGGCAAUAAUAAUGCAAACAUAGUGACCCCUGAAAAAGCACAGGAUCAGUUUAUGACAUCCUGUACCAGUAACCUUACAGAAGAAACCCCAUCAUCAUCUGUUUUUGCUUUCCAGAAAAUGCAUAUGGAAACCAGACAUUUAAAUAGUAACAUGCUCCAGCAAAUUCAAUACACUAAGACUUUGGACGUUUGUGGCAAAAGCGAGCAAGUGCAUGAUCCACUAAAUAAGAAAGCACCUGGAGAAAAAGAUCCUUCAUGUUUACAUGCCAGUAUGAAUAAUUUCAACAGAGAUAAGAGUAAUGGGUCAUCAGAACCCACAACUUUAGAUACACACCAAACAUACCAUCAUCUGUAUCUUGAGAAAAUUCCUGGGGAAAAAGCAUCUCCUUCUUCAGAGACAGAUAAGGGAAAGAAAAACCUUAGUACUACUGAUACAAUGGCACAAACUGUAAAUUUAUGUUCAGAAACAAACCAGCAAAUAAGCAAACUGACCAUACACAAAUGCCAGGAAAACAAUAGUUCCAUUGUCAAGAAUAAUUUUAAAAUGACUAAAUUUCUUCACCGUUUUUUCAAGUCUUCACCGGCAUGCCCAAAAACUAAAGGCAUCCUAGGUGAUGCUCCUCAAUCAUUACAUUGUCCAGCUUCUCAUCAAAAUGGGCUUAUAUCCAAGGCUGAAUCUACUGUAUCAUACUCUACGGUGCACCAAGGUGUGUCCCAAGAUUUCUGCAACCAUAAAGUAAGCAACGAAACUUCAACACUGGCAAAAACGCAAGUACUUACUGAGCAGACACCGGCAUGCCCAAAAACUAAAGGCAUCCUAGGUGAUGCUCCUCAAUCAUUAUAUUGUCCAGCUUCUCAUCAAAAUAGGCUUAUUUCCAAGGCUGAAUCUACUGUAUCAUACUCAAUGGUGCACCAAGGUGUGUCCCAAGAUUCCUGCAACAAUAAAGCAAGCAACGGAACUUCAACACUGGCAAAAACGCAAGUACUUACUGAGCAGACACCGGCAUGCCCAAAAACUAAAGGUAUCCUAGGUAUUGCUCCUCAAUCAUUACAUUGUCCAGCUUCUCAUCAAAAUGGGCUUAUUUCCAAGGCUGAAUCUACUUUAUCAUACUCAAUGGUGCACCAAGGUGUAUCCCAAGAUUUGUGCAACCAUAGAGAAAGCAAUACAGCCUCAACACUGGCAAAAACACAAGUUCUUACUGAGCAGACCCUGGCAUGGCCAAAAACUAAAGGCAUCCUAGGUGCUGCUCCUCAAUCAUUACAUUGUCCAGCUUUUCAUCUUAAUGGGCUUAUUUCCAAGGCUAAAUCUACUGUAUCAUACUCUAUGGUGCACCAAGGUGUGUCCCAAGAUGUGUGCAACCAUAGAGCAAGCAACAGAGCCUCAACACUGGCAAAAACACAAAUUUUUACUGAGCAGACACUGGCAUGCCCAAAAACUAAAGGCCUCCUAGGUGAUGCUCCUCAAUCAUUAUAUUUUCCAGCUUCUCGUCAUAAUGGGCUUAUUUCCAAGGCUGAAUCUACUGUAUCAUACUCUACAGUGCCCCAAGGUGUGUCCCAAGAUUUGUGCAACCAUAAAGCAAGCAACAGAGCCUCAACACUGGCAAAAACACAAGUUCUUACUGAGCAGACACCAUCUUUGCUACCUCCAAUCGAUCCAACACCAAAAGAUGUAUCAACAUGGCAGAAUCCCUCAGAUGCUUCUGAGAAAUAUUGUUGUAUUCUUUGAUUUCAAGGUUAGUUGUGGGGACAAAACUGUCAUGUACCAAAAAACAGAGAAAAGAAACAAUAAGCAACCAGCAUAUAUAUGCUUAUAUGUUCUGGUCAUGAAACAGUAAGACACAAAAUGAAAGAAAUAGUGCAGAUUACCUCCAUAUUCUGUUGAUUUGUUGAACUCAACAGGAUCAUGAUCCCACUGAUUUACAGGCAGUAAUAUUUAUAGACAGAGAGAGAGUUGAAAAAUGUGUACAGAGAGAAAACAGAAAAUUCAACAUUCCAACAAUUCCUUUUUGUUGAUAAAGGAGGUAUAAAUAUAUAUUUUUUUGGUCGAUUUUUUUUGUAAUAUAACAUUUGGACAAGGACCAGCCCCCAAGCAUUUGUUUUACCUAAAAUCUCACUCUACCUCGAGUUAAGGCUAGGCCCCUGCUCCUUUGUUCUCCCUGGGGACAGUUUGGGACCCUACAGAACAUUUUAAUAGUCUUCUCAAUGAAAUACUGGACUACACUAUGCUUUAUUAAGGAAUUUUUUAAAAUAUAUUUUUGUAAUUUUUAAACUUAAUUGACCCUUAUGCUUCAUAUACACUGAUGGGGAUUUGUCAUUUCAGCAUUACAACAACAUAACAUGCCUGUGAGGAGUGAGUCAAGGACUCAGAAAUGGCAGGGCCAUUAGAGGGUUAGGAAGUAAAGAACUGGAUGAGUUCUAGAUGGGAAUUAUGGGUAUGUUGUGGUAGCUUUUUAAGAGGGAGAAGAAAUGAUGGGUUAAAGGAAAAAGGAAAUAUAGAGGACAUUCUCUUUUACCUUGAACAUCUCCCACCAGCCCACACCAGAGCAAAUUAGAAGGCUGGUAUUAAUAAUAGGUGUAAUAGGGGUCAGACCUGGGGAAGGAAGGAGCCUAGUGGAGGGGGAGUGACUAAUGGAGGAAAACCACACGCGGGAGUGACAACAAGUAGUCCCCUCACUCCUGGUUAUAAUUGUUCUCAGCCUUCAGCAACUAUCGGAACUUACAGGAAAGUUAAUUAUUAUGCACUGGAUAUUGCAUUAGCCUUUACUGAUGUUAACCUUCAUAUAUUGGUUAUUUAUGUAAAUUUGUUAAUAAACAAGCUGCUGCCUUUUCACCCAAAGUA